AACAAAUAGAAAAGAGAGAAAAUCUGCCUAGUUCAAAGGAAUCCAAAUCAAACAUGUCUACAAUUCCCCCCGAAAAGCCUCACAGUUCUUACAUGCAGUGGUUGAAUGCCAACAGGGAGGAAAUAAAGAAGCAGAACCCAGAACUGGGCUUCAUAGAUUUCAGUAAAAAAGCAGGAGAAAUGUGGAAUGCCCUGGAAGAUAAAACGGAAUGGGAUAAGAAAGCUGCAGAAGAAAGGAGAGCAUAUGACAAGGUCAUGGAGGAUUACAUAACUCAGCAGGCUGGGUCUACAGAAGAAGAGAAGGAAUCGUCAGAGGACUGGGAAUCAGUUUUAUCACUAAGGAAGAGAAAAAUUCCAAAGAAGAGCCCUAGUGAAUUGGCAUCAGAGAAGCAAGCGGAGCCGGGAACUAAUUAUAAGAGCAAAGAGUAUGCUUCUCAAUCAGAGGAAUCAUCAGGAUCUGGUAGCGAAGACAAACCUCUCAAAAAGAAAUCCAAGAAGGAUGAGGACUCAAAGGAAAAUUAAAAAAAAAUUAAGGAGGAUAUAAAAAAAGACUCUAAAGAAGGACCAGUCAAAUAAUCCAAGAAAGAUAAAAAAUGUGAUGGGCUGGGCACCAGCAAAGAAUUUGUAACAGUGAAAGAGGAAAUGAAGAUGGAAUGUAGAGGACCAGUCAAAUAAGCCAAGGGAGACCAUAAUCAAGUCUUCCAUGGAUCUGUCAAGCAAAUUCUUUACUCAUAUUCAAAAAUAUGAAUAGCUACAUGGUUAUAUAUUAGUUAUGCCGUAUGAUUUUUUUUAACUUUCUGUUUUUAAUAAAUGAU